GAGAGAGUGAGGGAGAGAGGGGGAGAGAGAGCUGCGCUGCAGUAGCAUCCCACAGCAGACGGCUGAGGACUGCCGGUGUGUAUGUGACUGCACUGCUGAAGAGGAGGAGGAGGAGUAGGAGGCAGAGGGUGAGCACGCUCGCAGACUCUGCAGGGCCAUAGAGGAACACAGCAGCAGCAGCAGCAGCACCGGCGGCGGCGGCAGCAGCAGCAGCAGCAGCAGUAGUGGUGCUAGUGUUGGCCCGAACCAGGUACCAAGACCCCCCCUCCUCUGCCAGUCCACCGGUGUAAGAUCCUGGACACGCCAACGCCGCCUAGACCCCCACCACAGACGCCAUGGCACAAGCGGCCAAACAUCUCCGCAAGAACAAGGAUUUAGAAGCCCAGGCAGAGCAGGAGCGCAAAGAGAAGGAGGAGGAGAGGGUCAAAAAGAGGAGUCGUUCACGGGAUAAAAAGCGCAAGGCCCACGCCGUGCAUCGCUGGCUAAUCGAUCAGGACAGUAGUGUGAGCUCUGAGAUGCCGGAUGGCCAAGGAGUAUGGCACUAUGAUGAUGAAGCAGAUGCUGGUAACAGUUUUCUCCGAGCGGCCCGUUCUGGCAACUUGGACAAAGCCCUGGAACAUAUCAAAAAUGGCAUCGAUAUAAAUACGGCUAAUCAGAAUGGGCUCAAUGGGCUGCAUCUGGCCUCGAAAGAAGGCCACGUCAAAAUGGUGCUGGAGCUACUCCACAAUGGAAUUGUACUGGAGACCACCACAAAGAAAGGGAACACGGCCCUGCACAUUGCAGCCCUGGCGGGGCAGGAGCAGGUGGUCACAGAGCUGGUUAACUACGGGGCCAAUGUCAAUGCUCAGUCCCAGAAGGGUUUCACUCCACUCUACAUGGCUGCGCAAGAAAACCAUCUAGAGGUUGUGAAGUUUCUUCUGGAGAACGGAGCCAAUCAGAGCAUUCCAACUGAGGAUGGAUUCACUCCUCUUGCCGUGGCUCUUCAGCAGGGACAUGAAAAUGUCGUAGCCCUGCUCAUCAACUACGGCACCAAGGGAAAGGUCCGCCUCCCUGCGCUGCACAUUGCAGCACGCAACGACGAUACACGCACGGCUGCAGUGCUUCUGCAGAACGACCCCAAUCCUGAUGUACUCAGCAAGACUGGAUUCACACCCCUCCACAUUGCUGCACACUAUGAAAACUUGAACGUCGCUCAACUGCUGCUCAACAGAGGAGCCAAUGUCAACUUCACCCCAAAGAACGGCAUCACUCCUCUGCACAUCGCAUCCAGACGGGGGAACGUGAUCAUGGUCCGACUCCUGCUGGACAGAGGGGCGCAGAUAGAUGCCAAGACCAAGGAUGAGCUGACUCCUCUGCACUGUGCAGCCAGAAAUGGUCAUGUCAGGAUUAUAGAGAUCCUGCUGGACCAUGGAGCCCCCAUCCAGGCAAAGACCAAGAAUGGCCUGUCUCCAAUCCACAUGGCAGCACAGGGCGACCACAUGGACUGCGUCAAGCAGCUUCUGCAGUACAACGCAGAGAUCGAUGACAUCACACUGGACCACCUCACCCCUCUGCAUGUGGCGGCACAUUGCGGCCACCACCGCAUGGCCAAAGUGCUGCUGGACAAAGGGGCCAAACCCAACUCUCGGGCACUGAAUGGCUUCACUCCUUUGCAUAUUGCUUGUAAAAAGAACCACAUGCGUGUGAUGGAUCUCCUGCUCAAACACUCUGCCUCAUUAGAGGCUGUGACUGAGUCUGGCCUGACCCCCUUACAUGUGGCAUCAUUUAUGGGUCAUCUGAACAUUGUGAAGAUCCUGCUGCAGAAAGGAGCUUCCCCCAGCGCUUCCAAUGUGAAAGUAGAGACUCCUCUCCAUAUGGCAUCUCGGGCGGGACACUACGAGGUGGCAGAGUUUUUACUGCAGAAUGCAGCAUCGGUGGACGCCAAGGCCAAGGAUGACCAAACACCUCUCCAUUGUGCUGCCCGGAUGGGCCACAAGGAUAUUGUGAAGCUGCUGCUGGAGCACAAAGCAAACCCCAACUCCACUACCACAGCAGGACACACACCCCUACACAUCGCUGCCCGGGAAGGUCAUGUGCAAACUAUUCGCAUCCUACUGGACAUGGAGGCUCAGCAGACCAAGAUGACCAAGAAAGGCUUCACUCCACUGCAUGUGGCCUCCAAGUACGGCAAGGUGGAUGUAGCAGAGCUGCUGCUGGAGAGAGGAGCCAAUCCUAACGCUGCAGGGAAGAAUGGUCUGACUCCACUGCAUGUUGCUGUACAUCACAACAAUCUGGAUGUUGUUAACCUGCUCGUCAGCAAGGGAGGGUCACCGCACAGUGCAGCCAGAAAUGGCUACACUGCUCUCCACAUAGCAUCCAAGCAGAACCAGGUGGAGGUGGCUAACAGCCUGCUGCAGUACGGAGCUUCAGCCAAUGCUGAGUCAUUGCAGGGAGUCACACCUCUCCACCUGGCCUCACAGGAAGGAAGGCCCGACAUGGUGUCUCUGCUCAUCUCCAAACAGGCCAACGUCAACCUCGGCAACAAGAGUGGAUUAACCCCACUCCACCUGGUGGCACAGGAAGGACAUGUUGGCAUCGCUGACAUCUUGGUGAAGCAGGGAGCCUCAGUCUAUGCUGCCACACGGAUGGGUUACACCCCUCUCCAUGUAGCGUGUCACUAUGGCAACAUCAAGAUGGUGAAGUUCCUGCUGCAGCAACAGGCCAAUGUCAACAGCAAAACAAGGCUUGGGUACACUCCUCUGCACCAGGCAGCCCAGCAGGGACACACGGACAUUGUGACACUGUUGCUGAAGCAUGGAGCCCAACCCAACGAGACCACGACAAAUGGGACUUCAGCUCUGGCCAUUGCUAAGAGGUUGGGCUACAUUUCUGUGAUUGACGUCCUGAAGCUCGUCACUGAGGAGACAGUUUCCAUGACAACCACAGAGAAACAUCGCAUGAGUUUCCCUGAGACAGUAGAUGAGAUACUGGAUGUGUCUGAGGAUGAAGGGAUUGCACAGCUAACAUUAGGAGAGGAGCUCUUGGGGACAGAAGGGGCCAGGUACAUGAAGAUGGAUGACAUGAAAGACCAUGAUGACGAUUUCCUCUCCCCCAAGAAAUCACUGGAGUACGAGAGAGGGCUGGGCACAGCAAAUUAUUCACCAGCCAUCCCCAGGAUCCCUCGUGUCUCUCCAGAGACUGUUAUCCUGAAAGAACACGAGAUAGAUCAGCAACACACUCCACUUCCACUGCCCAAAGAAUAUGAUGAGGACUCACUGAUACCCAGCAGCCCAGCGACUGAGACGUCAGACAAUGUCAGCCCAGUUGCCAGUCCCAUACACACAGGGUUCCUGGUCAGUUUUAUGGUGGAUGCCCGGGGCGGCUCAAUGCGAGGCAGCAGGCAUAAUGGUCUGCGUGUGAUCAUACCUCCGCGGACCUGUGCGGCCCCCACCCGCAUCACCUGCCGCCUGGUGAAGCCGCAGAAGCUGACCAGCCCCCCUCCACUGGUGGAGGGAGAGGGGCUGGCCAGCAGGAUCAUCUCCCUGGGCCCAGCUGGAAUGCAGUUCCUGGGACCAGUGAUAGUGGAGAUCCCCCACUUUGCUGCUCUGGGACGUGGUGACCGGGAGCUUGUGGUGCUGAGGAGUGAGAACGGCUCCGUCUGGAAAGAGCAUCGUAAUCGCUACGGUGAUGAGGUGCUAGAAACAAUCCUCAAUGGGAUGGAUGAGGACUUAGAAAGUCAAGAGGAGCUCGGGAAGAAGCGAAUUCGCCGCAUCAUCUCUACCGACUUCCCCCUUUACUUUGCUGUUGUGUCACGUGUCCAGCAAGAGAGUGACCUGAUUGGUCCGGAGGGAGGUUCACUGACAAGUAAACUGGUGCCAAUGGUCCAGGCUACAUUUCCAGAGACGGCGGUCACCAAACGAGUCCGCCUGGGGCUGCAGGCUCAGCCAGUUCCAGAUGAGCUGGUUGCAAAGCUGCUGGGUAACCAGGCAAACUUUAGCCCCGUUGUCACUGUGGAGCCUCGGCGGCGCAAAUUUCACCGACCCAUCGGCCUGCGCAUACCCCUGCCCCCGUCCUGGAGGGAGAGCCCCCGAGACUCUGGGGAGGGCGACACCACCAGUCUGCGUCUGCUUUGCUCUGUCAUAGGCGGAACAGCCCCAGCCCAGUGGGAGGACAUCACUGGUACGACCAAGCUUAUCUAUGCUAAUGACUGUGCCAGUUUCACAACCAAUGUGUCAGCACGAUUCUGGCUCGCAGACUGCCCUCGGACAGCCGAGGCCGUCACCUUUGCCAACCUGCUGUACAGAGAGCUGUCAGCUGUGCCCUACAUGGCCAAGUUUGUGGUGUUUGCGAAGAUGAAUGAGCUCCGUGAGGGCCGCCUGCGCUGCUACUGCAUGACCGACGAUAAAAUGGAUAAAACCCUGGAACAACAUGAGAACUUCACAGAGGUGGCUCGUAGCAGAGAUAUAGAGGUGAUGGAGGGAAUGCCACUUCACCUGGAGUGUUCAGGAAAUCUCGUACCAGUGAGGAAGGCCACCCAGCAGCCUCGCUGCUUCAGCUUCCAGGCCUUCAGAGAUAACCGGCUUCCUGUGUCUGUGAAGGUGAGAGACAGCAGUAAAGAGCCCACUGGAUUUUUGUCCUUCCUGCGCAAGUCCACCAAGUACGAGGACAGCCAGCACGUUCUCUGUAAUCUUAACAUUACCAUGCCUCCAUGUAUCAAGAUUGUUGGGAGUGAGGACCGGAGGAGAACUCUGACCCCGCUGGCUUUGAGAGAACGAUACAGCGCCCUAAAUGAACCUGCAAUGGCAUCUAUGAGUGCCAUGGAGAGGACAGAGCUGAAAAUGGCUGUGAUUGCAGAACAGUUGGGACUGAGCUGGGCUGAGUUGGCACGUGAGCUUCAGCUCAGCGUGGAUGACAUCAAUAAGAUCCGUGUGGAGAAUCCGAACUCUCUGCUGGAGCAGAGCUCUGCGCUGCUCAACCUGUGGGCCACCCGUGAGGGCAAGAGGGCCAAGAUGGAGAGCUUGUACACGGCCCUGAAGAGUAUUGACCGUAUGGACAUCGUAAGCAUGCUGGAGGGCCAGCCGCCUCAGCCCACGAGACAAGGCACCCGUGAUCUCAGCAGACGCCGACACAAUGAGAGAGACCACCUCUCCCCUGGUAUGACCAAUGGUUAUGGGCUCGCGCAGGAAGAGCUUCUCUCACCGGCCUCCAUGCAGUACAGCCUGCCCUCCCCGCUGGGCGCUGAGCCAUACUGGCAGGAAGUCUCCAGUCUGGACUGUGCGCCCAUUGCCACCACAGAAGAAGACACCCUCAUGGAGAUGUCUGAUGUGCAGGUGUGGCCCUCGGGCAACAGCCCCUCCCUGGUGCCUGUGGAGGACUCCUCGCUGGAGUGCAGCAAUGCUGAUGAUUCAGAGGGUCUGCUGGGGCUGCCUUAUGGAAGCCUGGGUCGGCCGGCCAGUCAGGCCAGUGCAGCCAGUGGAGGGGGUGGGGUGCUGAGUGGCUCCAUUGAGCUUCCCGAAGACGAUUCAGAGAUGGGCGUUGACUCGCUCAGCACUGCCACGCCAGCCUCGCUUGGCGGCACCAUCGCCGGGAUGAAUCUUAACGGGCUGAACAAUGGUCAGGGGUCAGAGGCAAGUUCGGAGGUAUCGGCAGUCACCAGUACAACUGGUGGUGAUGGAGCUGGAGGAGGAGGAGGAGGAGGAGGAGGAGGAGGGACAGGCUCAGAGGAAGGGCUUUCUCUUGUUACAGGACAGCAAAGGGUGUAUGCUCGGCUGAGUGAGUCACCUGGUCUGAGCUGUGUUGCAGAUCGAAAUGGAGACAGGUCAGGUAAUGGUGGAAACGGAAGUGGUGGAGGCUCUUUCCUUUCCUACCUGCAGGAACAGACAGGCCCGGGGUGGAUCCCUGUCACUGACCCUACUCAGGCCUGGGUAGGCAAUCAGCCUAAGCCCAGGCAGGCCAUGGACACCAUGAUGUCAUCGGUACGUAACGCUGUGGACGGAGACCAGUCCCGUAUGUCCCAGGAGGCCUUGCUUCAGCCCGUGAGGGACAUGGGGCACUCAGAGAUCUUGCGGGGGCACUUCAGAGGUACCCAGCCAUUUGAGAAGGGUUUGGGCUUCCCACACAGGGUACCAGAGCUGAGGGCCUGGGACGACGUGCGCCUGAAGGGCCAGGGUGAUGAGGUUGAAGAUCUUCCUGGGGAGCAAGUAAGCGAGGAACAGUUCACAGAUGAACAUGGAAACAUUGUCACAAAAAAGAUUGUGCGUAAGGUUGUGCGCAGAGGGAAGGGUUCAGGUGAGGAAGGGGUUCAGGAGGUGAGCGUGGAGGGUUCUCUGCAGGACGAGCUGGAGGUUGACGCGGAGCAGUUCAUGAGCUACGCCAUCCUCGGCCGGGACAGCAGCAAGCCCGAUACUGUGGAUGUGAAGAAAGGUGCUCAGAUAGUGAAAUGUGCCAGUCUGCGGAGAGUUAAGCAGUGAGGCAGACUGAGCGCUGCGUCCCCGCAGAGUUCUCCGCAGGAUUCAACCCCUUCACCAAAACCAUCCUACAUGGACACAUGACCAGCAGCAGCUGACAGGAGGAAGAACACAUAAAAAGGCAGACAGACAAAAA